UUGGCGUGGGUUGUGACGGAUGGGCGGUGAUGCGUUAUUUUAUUGCAUUUUCACGUCUCUUACGGCCGAGAAGCGGAAAUAUGGUGAAAAGGUUCUUCAGGAAGUCAGAAUGGGAGAACCUGUCGUCCAUAGAGCACACACGCUGCUACAAUGUCUACAGGAACUACAAGAUGUUGAACCAACUAGGCUUGGAAACUAGGCCGCCAGACUUCGUACUUAGGUACAAUAAUCGCCAGACACAGCGACAAGAAAGGCAUCAGAAAAGACAAGAAAGGCAUCAGAAAAGACAAGAGAGGCAUCAGAGAAGACAAGAGAGAUCAGAAAAAACACAAAGACCUGAGAGGUUAAGGGCUCUUGAUCAAAGGAACUGGAGCAACCCCUCCUUUUCAUUGAAUCACAGAAGCUUGCAGAGGUGCAGUAAGAAAGGAAUUACAAACAAGACAACAGCCAAAAGAAGACAUACUUUAAAGCACAUAAUGAAACACAACUCUAAUUGCUCGCCAGUGUUAAAAAAGGAUGAAAUUAAAGAGUCUGGAAUAUUAGAGGCCAGGAAUGGAAUGGAUCAAGAAAACUGCAGGUAUGAUAUGAAGGAUCAAGAAGGGACAGUACAAGAAGCAUGUCCUCCCAUUAAAGCUGAGUGUAAAGCUCAGAUCCAAAGUAGUAAAAUUAACUUCAGUCAGAAUGAGGUGAAAUGUGAAAAAAGUAUCACUGCUACAUAUUUUAAGUGCUUCAAUGGGAGGGACAUGAGUUUUGAAGACUGUGAUGUGAAAAGCAAUCAGACAAAGGCAAAUUUUAAUGAGUGCUCCUCUAUAAAUAUUUCCAAGUGCUUGCCUGAUGGUAAACUGAAGCACAAGGAUUCCAGAGUGGAGAAGAGUCAUGGUAAGCUGAAGAGUAAAGGUUUCAAAUGUUAUGUUUGUGGGCAUAAGAUUUUUAAUAAAUGGAAUUUUAUUGCACAUUUUAAGACUCACAUGGACAAGAAGCAUUUUGGAUGUGAUGAGUGUGGUCAAAAGUUUUCAAAGUUCAGUUAUUUGCGUAAACACUUGUUGUGCGUCACUGCUGAAACAACUGAUGGUAGAUAUAAAUGCUCUUAUUGUAAUCACACAUUUUUACGAGACAGCAAUCGGAAAAAUCACGAGCUCAUUCACAGCCAGACCGAGAUGGUGCCAUGUUGUCUUUGUGAACUACAGUUCUCAAAUGUGAAAUCUGUUAGGAACCAUGCUCAGAAGGUUCAUUCGAAGGAUAAAUGCUUUAAAUGUCUUCUAUGUGGGGCAAGUUAUUAUAAUGCAGGCCAUUUAAAAAGGCAUUUAAAGGAAAUUUCUAUGGAUCUCCCUUAUUACUGUUCAACCUGUAGUCAUAAAUAUGCAACUGCAGGGGGUUUGAAGAGACAUAACUGUAACACUGGCAAUCUGAAGUCAUUUUCUUGUCCAUAUUGUUUAACAAUAUUUAGCAAUAGAAGUCAUCUUAAAAGACAUGUUGCUAAUCGUAGAAAAGUUAAGCAAUAUCAGUGUUCUGAUUGUAAAAUGGAAUUUCUUUACCUUGGAGAUCUCAGAAGGCACCAGGAAGUGCAUAACAAAGACAGGCCAUUCAAAUGUUCUCAGUGUAGACAUUCAUUUGAUAGCAUAGGGCGUCUUCAUGGCCAUGAAAGAAUGCAUACUGAAAGGGGUUGGAAGUGUAUGCCAUGUGGUGAAACUUUCAAGAAAAAAUCCUAUUUAAAAACCCACGAGCAAAUUCACUCUGGAGCAUCACUAAAUCUUGUGGAAAUUGGAGGUAAUAAAAGAGAUCACAUGCAAGGCUUCCAGCAACUUAGUUUAACAAAAGAGUUAAGAAGGAUUAGAUUUAUGAGCCCCAAGAAAAAGGAUUUCCAUCAAACUCUCACUCACGAAGAGUCACAAAUUUGGCAAGAGUAUCAGAAUCAUGAGACAGCAUCUCUUCAUAAUUUUAUGAUUACCAAAGACACUUCUUCACAUUUUUCCUCUAACAGAAUCAAAUGUACUCAGAAAUCACAACUAGUGCAUGCAUCUAAUAAUUCCACACAUAAUUUACAUUUAUAUCUCCAGUCACAGCAACAUGGCAGUAGCUGUAAGACAGAAAGUGACUCUGAAAUUAUUGAUCCCGUGGGUUACAGUAAUUUAGAUGAUACUCAAGCAAGAGACAGUUUUAUUCAGGGGGUCCACCAUAAUGAGCAAGCACCUGUCCAGCCAUCAUUUUAUACAUCAAAUCCGAGUAGAUGCAUUGAUGAGCAUCGACAAGACAAACAUGACAAAGAAUCUGCAUGUGAUUUAUCCCCUUUUUUAAACUUCAGUUCAUGUUCCUUUCAAGAAAAGUUGCCACAUUCUGCCUCUUCUGUUCAAAGUUAUAAACCUUCUAAACAUAGGCAGUGUACAGUGUGCAAUAUUGAAAUUUCUUGUCCAUCUAAUUUCGUAAGACAUAUGCAACUUCAUACAGGCAUUAGAUUACAUGAAUGUCAAGUUUGCAAGACAAAAUUUACUCGUAGCGAUAAUCUUUCUAGACACAUGGAACGAUCUCACAAUAAACAAGAAAAUUUAACAGCUAUGGGAUAGUGUCGACAUUUUUGUAUUGCUGUUUAAAUUGCAUAUUUUCUAAAAGUGCACAAAUCCAGUCUUGCUAAGCAGUGAAUUGUGUGUUUUAUUGGAUUAAGCCCUAAAGGCUUUGUCUAGGUGGAGUGUUCAAUUAAUUAUAGUCAUCUUGACCCUGAUCCUCUUAUGAUAGGUUCCUUGAUGUUGGUGUGGGGCUUCUGGUGCAACAGAUUGGUCUUGUCCUUCCCACUCCUUAAGUGUAUCUGAUUACAUUGUGUUUCCUAGGCACUGCACAACCCCUAUGAGUUUAGUGCUUUCCCCUAAAUUAAUAAUAAUGUAAUAAUCUUAUCCCUAAUUUGGGUAAGCCAUACCAUAUUUUAUACCAUAUUGGUUAUUAUUAAUCAGCUAAUGAUUUUUUUUAUUUUCAUCACUUCUACUACACCACAAAAAAGGCAUUCUUGGUACUGUACUUGUGAUUAGAGAGCUUGACCAAUAGUUUAAAAAUGCUCCUUACUUAACAGGCUGAAAGCUAUUAUUUUAUUAUUUUUUUAACAUGUCGGCUGUUUCCCACAAAGGCAGGGUGACCCACAAAGAAAGAAAAGCCCAGAAAGAAAAAAACUUUCAUCAUCAUUCAACACUUUCACCAUCAUGCAUACAUAAUCACUGUUUUUGCAGAGGCAAUCAUAUACAACAGUUCAGAUGUCACUCCAAACAGCCAAUAUCUCAAACCCCUUCUUUAAAGUGCAGGCUUUGUACUUCCCACUUCCAGGACUCAGAUCCAGCUGACCAGUUUCCCUGAAUCCCUUCACAAAGUAUUACCCUGCUCACACUCCAACAGCUCAUCAGGUCCCAGAAACCAUUCUUCUCCAUUCAUUCUUAUCUGACAUGCUCACACAUGCUUGCUGGAAGUCCAAGCCCCUCUCCCACAAAACCUCCCUUAGCCCCUCCCUCCAACCUUUCCUAGGACGACCCCUACCCCGCCUUCCUUCCCUUACAGAUUUAUACUCUCUCCAAGUCAUUCUACUUUGUUCCAUCCUCUCUAAAUGACCAAACCACCUCAACAAUCCCUUUUCAGCAUUCUAGCUAAUACUUUUAGUAACUCCACACCUCCUCCGAAUUUUCACACUACGAAUUCUCUGCAUGAUAUUUACACCACACAUGCCCUUAGACAUGACGUCUUCACUGCCUCCAGCCUCCUCCUUCCUGCAGCAUUUACAACAAAUGUUGUUAUUUCUGAGUGGUACUGUAUUUGUACUAUAUAUCUGGUCUUCCAAAAGUAAUUGUUAAUUGGAGCUGGUGCCACAUAAGAUUGAGCUUUAAUUGUUGCCUUGGCCAAGGAAUAAAAAAUCUUGUCCUUGCAAAAAAUAUUAUCCCCAAUAAUCAUUUUUAAAUACAGCCUCUCCUCACUUAACGACAGAAUUCUGUUCCUAAGAUCAUGUUGGUAAACGAAUUUGUCACUAAGCGAGGAGCAUACUAUAACGGUAGUGGGUUGUGUCAACCAUCUUUGAUAUUGUUUUAAUAUCACCUUUGCACCAUUUAUAAUAUUUCUGGUAAAUUUUUAAAUGUUUAUACUAGUGUACUGUAUAUUGUAUUAAACAGAAUAGAGGAAAUCAGCUCUGAUAUACUUUAUUUAGGUAUGCAUACUGGUCAGAGAGCCCGUUGUAAGUCCGAAUCUUCGGUAAACGAGUACGUCACUAAGUGAGGAGAGGCUGUAUAUGACAGUACAUUUUAUAUGCAUGUCCAAUGAAGAAAGUCAGCUGUUUGGCAAUUGUUUGUAUAUACAGUACUCUAUUAUAACUUCUUUCUUUCAACAAACCGGCCAUAUCCCACCAAAGCAGGGUGGCCCAAAAAGAAAAACAAAACUUUCUCUUUUUAACUUGGUAAUGUAUACAAGAGAAGGGGUUACUAGACCCUUGCUCUUGGCAUUUUAGUCUAUUAUAACUGUAUAAGUUAAAUUCUUUCUAGAAUUACUGUAUUAAGUUUAACCAAACAUGCUUUAGAGAUACUAUCGUUGAUCAAGGCAUAAUGCAGUGCUUACAUUUAGAUGAUAGUGGGUUUUUUGUUUAGCAUAGUUAUAUUAACUAAUAUUGGAAACAAGAGUUUUCAAGCAUUUUACAUAUUUUAAACUAGUCAGUAAUGCAGUAUCAUAGUUCAAAUUCUCCACUAGGCUGUCUUAUUAUUUAAACCACUAAAAAUGUGAAAAUGCAUUUACCACACAUUCUGAAUCUGCUUUGAACAAUGCACUGAAUAUCCUUUUUUUUUUUUUUUU